CAAUUACACACCUAAAAACAACAAUAGGAAGAUACAAACAAACAAAUACCAAAUGAUUAGUACCAGAAGUGGUUUUGUGGAGAUUGCAGUAAUUUCAGCAGCUGAGAACAUGAGUCAGUCGAAGCUAGAUCACCAUGGAAAACCUGGAAGCACUGGACGACCGUUUCGUCCUAUUGUGGGACUCAUGAUCUCAACCAAUAAAAUUACUAUAAUAUCUACAGACUCCCGACACUAAUCAACAUAUGCUCACUAGUGCCUGGCUUCAAGAGGUAUUUCCUGGAAUUCUAGUGAGAAGCAGUGAUCAGUGGAGUUCAAACGAGUCUGUUGUAAGAUAAUAACUCACUGAAGAUAACAGUCGUUGUGUCGCUGAAUUUCAUGGAUUAAUUAAAGUUAGACAUUAACACUGUUGGAUUCAUAACCGGCUCAGUGGUCGAAUGGUUAGGCGCUCACGCUCGAGACUGAUAGAUCCUGGGUUCGAAUCCCACGAGGCGGAGUCGUGGAUGCGCACUGUUGAGGAGUCCCACAAUAGGACGAGUUGGCCGUCCAGUGCUUCCAAGUUUUCCAUGGUGGUCUAGCUUCAACUGACUCAUGAUCUUAACCAUUAAUAUUGGUGUAAGCAUUUAGUUAACUUCUAUUGGUUUAAAUUACAUUGAUACUUUUUUUUUAAAAAAAAAAAUUGAACCAAUCAAACGUUGAUCAUUUCAAACAUAGUAAUAACAUUUACAUUUAUAUAUCAUUCUUGUACUCCCUUGUUAUUCCAUUGUUCAAUGUAAUGACUGAUAAUCAUCAACUACCCAGUACUCGAAUCAAUUUAAGCCACAAAUCUAUAAAUCAUGAUGAAAAUGUGAAGAAGAAGAAGACGAAGAAGAAGAAUGUUUCAUUUAGUAAACUUUUUCAAUAUGCUUCCACUAGUAAUAAAUUAUUGAUUAUCAUUGGAAAUAUAUGUGCAAUAUUAUUGGGUAUAAUAUUCCCAGCUAGUAUAUUGGUUUUUCGUUCUAUGAUCAAUGGAAUGUUGAAUAGUUCUUCUUCUUCUUCUUCGAAUAAUAUAUAUGAAUUAUUGGGAUGGUAUUUCUUAAUGGCCAGUUUAAUAUUUGUAUUAUGUAUGUCAAAAUGUGUUUGUGUUGAAUUCUCUUCAAAACGUAUAGUGAAACAAAUUCAACUACUUUAUUAUCAGGCUGUUCUACAUAAAGAUGUAUUAUGGUUUGAUCAACAUUCACCUGGUGAUAUUAUAAAUAAUCUAUCAGAUAAUUUAAAUUCUAUUGAAUCUGGUAUUGGUACAAGAUUAAGUGAUUUCAAUCAAAAUAUGAGUGGAUUUUUAGCUGGUAUUAUUAUUGGUUUUAUUGUGAAAUGGAAAUUAGCAUUAGUUGCUUGUGCUACACUACCAUUUGUAGUGAUAGCUUUCUCUUUAUUUGGUAUUGCAUUUAAAUCAUUUCAUAAUAAAGAAAUUAAUGCAUAUUCACGUGCAUGCACAGUAUCAAAUGAAGUAUUAUCAUCAAUUAGAACUGUAGUUGCAUUCGGUGGUGAAAAACGUGAAUCAUUAAGAUAUCAAAAAGAAUUAACAUCAGCUGAAUUAAUGGGUAUUAAAAAAGCUACAGCAUUUGGUGGUGUUGGAGGGUGUAUAGGACUUGUAAUAUUUUCAUCAGCGGCUUUAGUGUUUUGGUUUGGUGUUAAAUUAAUUCGAGACGAAGAUGCUGAUCCUGGAGCUGUAAUUGCAGUUUUUAUCAAUAUUCUUCUAGGAAGUAUAUUUCUAGGCAAUGCAUUACCAAAUAUUCCUCAUAUUCUAGGAGCUGUGACAUCAUCCAAAGACAUAUUUGCUACAAUAAAUCAUGUUUCUGUAAUAGAGAAAAAUGAUACAGGCAAAAUUAUUCCAGAUUUUGAUGGAAGUAUUACAUUUCGUCAUGUGAAUUUCAGUUAUCCUUCACGUGCAGAUAUACCUAUUCUUGUCAAUUUUUGUCUAACUGUUAAAAGUGGUCAAACAAUUGCACUAGUCGGUUCUAGUGGUUCUGGUAAAAGCACUCUGAUUCAUAUGCUUCAACGUUUCUACGAUCCUACACAGGGUGAAAUUUUAAUACAAGGUGUUGAUUUACGUGAAUUAAAUAUUCACAAUUAUAGAAAUCAAAUAGGAUGCGUACAACAAGAACCUGUAUUAUUUGAUGGUACAAUACGUGAAAAUAUUAGACUAGGUAAACUUAGUGCUACUGAUGAAGAAAUUUAUGAGGCUGCUAUCAAAGCUAAUGCACAUCAAUUUAUAAUACGUUUACCACAAGGUUAUGAUACAUUAGUUGGUGAAAAAGGUAAUAGUUUAUCUGGUGGACAAAAACAACGUAUAGCUAUAGCUCGUAUAUUAAUACGUAAACCAAAAUUAUUAUUAUUAGAUGAAGCUACAUCAGCAUUGGAUACACAAUCAGAACGAAUUGUACAAAAAGCAUUAGAUAAAAUUGUGAAUAGUUGUACUGUUCUAAUUAUAGCACAUCGUUUAUCAACAAUUAUCAAUGCAGACUGUAUUAUUGUUCUUGAACAAGGUUGUAUACGUGAAAUGGGUAAACAUAAAGAAUUAUUAAAAUUAAAUGGUUUAUAUGCAACAAUGUAUUAUGGUCAAGAAAGGAUCGAUAAAGAACAAGAUGAUUCUACAGAUGAUGAAGACAAUUACAAUCAAAAUGAUGAAGCAAAAAGACAUUUAACUAAUCAACUUCCAUCUCCCUUUUCAAAAGAUGAUUAUUCCGAAUGUAAUAGUGUUACAACGAGUUCUUUACAUAAUAAAACUAUAGUAUGGAUUGCAACAAAUAUUAACACAGAGAUUAGUAGAGUUCACAAUUCUUUGUACUUGCGUCUUUUAAGCAUUAAUCAACCAGAAAUGACUUACAUUACAAUGGGUUGUUUCUGUUCAAUUAUAUCAGGACUAUUACAACCAGCUUUUUCACUUCUUUACGCUGAAGUUUAUCAGGUAUUUGGAUUACGUAAUAAUCCUGAUAAAAUGAUUGAAAGAAUUAAUACAGUUUCUGGUAUUAUGGCCGGAUUAGGAUUUGUUCAAUUGAUUGUUGGUGCUAUGCAGGGUUACUUAUUUGGAGUCGCUGCAGAACGUUUAACUAAACGUUUACGAUCAAACUUGUUCGACUCUAUGCUGAAACAGGAGAUUGGUUGGUUCGAUCGACCUGAAAAUCGAGCUGGUGCACUUACUGCAUUUCUGUCAACAGAUGCUUCAAAAGUUGCUCAAAUUAGUGGUUCCAGAUUGAGUACAGCACUUGAAGCUGUGGUUUUAGUCAUUGCUUCCCUGGUGAUUGGAUUUAUUUAUAGUUGGCAGUUAACUUUAGUUAUGGUUCCAUUCAUACCAGUAUUACUGUUAUCCUCUCGUGUAAAUAUGAAAAAUGCAUCAAAAAUGGAAGAUAAAAUUGUUACUAAGGGGUUAUCUAUUGCCAAAGAAUCAAUUAGUGCUCAUCGUACUAUGAAAAGUUUAUCAUUGGAAGAAUAUUUUUAUCAACGUUUUAAAUUGACUUGUAUUGAAAGUGCCAGUACACAUUUAAUAGAAGCUGUUAAAAUUGGUUUAGUUCAAUCGUUUGCUUUAUCUGGUCCCGUUCUUAGUUUAACUGCAUGUUUUGCAUUAGGAAAUUAUUUAAUACAACAGAAUGCUAUUUCAAUGAUAUCAUUGUUCAAAGUUUUUAUCACAUUUAGUAUGUGUUCACAAGCUCUUGGUCGAAUCACUGCAUUUACUACAAAAACAAAAGAAGCUGAAGAAGCUAUGAGACGUAUAUUCACUGUUAUCGAUCGUAAACCAACCAUAGAUACUAAUCAAGGUGAUCAGCCAAAAGAAACAUUCAGUGGUCAUAUUGAAUUUAAACAUGUAAAUUUUAGAUAUCCAACAAGACCUGAAACAAAAGUGCUUAACAAUUUUACAUAUUCUAUUCAACCGGGAAGUAAAAUUGCAUUAGUUGGUCAAUCUGGUUGUGGUAAAUCAACACUUAUACAAUUAUUACAACGGUUCUAUGAUCCAACAGAUUAUGGUUUAGAGAAUGGUAUAUUUUUUGAUGGAAUUAAUCUACGUCAAUUAGCUCCAUGUUGGAUAAGACGACAAAUUGGUAUUGUAUCACAAGAGCCAAUAUUAUUUAAUAUUAGUUUACGUGAUAAUAUUGCAUAUGGUGAUAAUAGUCGUAUUGUAUCAAUGGAUGAAAUUAUAGAAGCGGCAAAAUUAGCUAAUAUACAUGAUUUUAUAUUAUCAUUACCUAAUGCAUAUGAAACAUUAGCUGGACAAGAUGGUUCACAAUUAUCCGGUGGUCAAAAACAACGUAUUGCUAUAGCACGUGCAUUAAUUAGAAAACCAUCAUUAUUAUUAUUUGAUGAAGCAACAUCAGCAUUAGAUAAUGAAAAUCAACGUUUAAUACAAAAAUCAUUAAAUGAUGCCAUGGUAACAUGUACAUCGAUUAUUAUUGCACAUCGUUUAAAUACAAUUCAAAAUGUUGAUUUAAUUAUUGUUUUAUCAAAUGGUCAUAUUAUUGAAUAUGGUCAAAUGAAUGAAUUACUUUCUAAAAAAGGUGAAUUUUUUAAUUUAUAUCAAUUAGAUAAUACAAAAUAUGAAUAAAUAAAUUUUUUUUUGAUUUUUUUGGGAAAAAAAAGAAAAAAAGAAAACAACAACAAAAAUGCAAAAAAAGAUAAAUUAGAGUAUUUUUCUCAUUUUUUUCUUUCCUUUUUUCUUCUCUCUAAAAAAAAAUCCAAAAAAACAAAUAAACAAGCAACCAUUUGAAAUAACCCUGUUUUUGGUUCAUGAGAGAAGUUAAUCAUUCAAUGAAUUUUUAUUCUUCAUAAUUUCACAAUCAUAAUUACCGGUUUAGUUGUGUUUUUUUUUUGAAAAACGAACUUCUUAUUGUUCACUUUUAUUGAUCUUUUUCUUUUUCUUUUUUCUAUUCUUUUCAUGAUACUCAUUUUUGUUUUUUUUUUUUUGUUACCCUCUUUCUUUCUGCUACUUAUACAAUAGUUAUCAUUACAUUCACAAAUGUUCUGUGAUUAUUUAUUCAUAAAUAUAUCUAUAAAUAAGAUGUGAAAAAUAAAGCAUAUUGUUAAUAAACAUAGAUUGUGGUUAGCAGUGGAAUAUAGGAUGAUCGUUCCGUCCUAUUCAAGACUCGUCAGCUGAAUGUAUCUAUACCUCAGAGUUGAUGUUCACUCUGAGACUCGAACUCAGUAUCGUUCACUUCAAACUCCAUCACCUUAUCCACUUAGUUACUGAGUCCUGAUAUAUUAUUUUACUUAUUAUUAUAAUUUGUUUAAUGAUCAAUGAGGAUUUGGAUAAUCGCGUUGCUGAUGCAUAAAACUGAAUUUUGACCAAUCUUCAUUGGUCAAAGAUAUAUAUAUCUUGUAUAAACAUUAUUUAAAAUGUAUAUAUCGUGGAAACAGCGAGAUCGCAGAUGAUCGUUUAGUUCUACUUGACGCUUCACAGAUGAACGUACCUGAAUUCCAAUGUUGAUGCUUAUAUUGAAACUCGAACCUAAUGUGUACUGCUACCUAUGCUAAUGCACUAUACACUUAUCUAUUGAACAUAGUAAUCAAUAGAUUCAAAUAAUUACAUGCGCGUUCAAGCAUCGUAAAUAACAGUAUUUGGUCAAUGAAUCAGUAAUUAAGCAACCAGAAUAGUGAUAACGAUAUUUAUCAUUUUGACUGCUUUGAAGCUAGUAAAUUUUGAUUCCGGAAAUAAUCUUGUUACUUAAAUACAAUUUAAGUAGGUAAACGAUAAAUACAAAUUCACACAACCCGUUGUUCGUACAACAUCGAAUGUGUUUUAUUAAUUUCUCGUCAUGGUAGAUUUUCUCCUUGGUUGUUUAGAUACCGGCUUUCUAUCCUGUCAUUAGUCUCUCAUUCUUUAUAUAUAUAUACAAAAUGGUUUCUGGUAUUCUUUAAAAAAUUCUUCAACACUGGAGAGUACCUGAGAAAAUCGUCAACAUCAUCCGGACUUUAUACGACGAGCUACAUUUGCAAAGUGGUGCAUGGAAGACAGCUGUCAGACUCAUUCCAAGUAAAGACCGGAGUCAGAUAAGGUUGCCUACUCUCUCCUUUCCUCUUUCUUCUGGGGGUUGACUGGAUUAUGAAAACCUCGACAUCUGAGGGCGGAACACGAAAUAGAAUGGACAGGUUGGAUGCAACUAGACAAUUUUGACUUCUCAGAUUACCUAUCCCUUAUAUCAUACACAUCAACAAAUGCGCGUCAAGACAACCACUUUAGCAGAAGCUUGUUCAUCAGUAGGCCUCAUCAUACAGAAAGGAAAAAGCAAGAUCCUAAAAUACAACACAGAGAACACUAAACCAAUCACAGUUGAUGGAGAAACUGUGGAAGAGGUGGAAACUAUCACGUACCUGAACAGCUGCAUCAUCGACGAACAUGAAAGAUUUGAUACAGAUGCAAUGGCGUGAAUUGGCAAAGCAAGGACAGCAUUCCAACAGUUGAAGAACAUAUGGAAUUCAAAACACCUGUCCACAAGUCAAUAUCAAACUCAGAAUCUCC